CCUCCGGCGGCUUCCGGAGCUGCUCUCGCGCGCCAGAGGAGGCCAAGUCAUGGACCGUAAUCCCUCUCCGCCGCCGCGGAGUCGGGACGGGGACGAGGAGGAGGAGGCGGCCGGGGGGGACUGCAUAGGCAGCACGGUUUACAGCAAGCACUGGCUCUUCGGCGUCCUCAGCGGGCUCAUCCAGAUUGUUAGCCCUGAAAACUCCAAAUCCAGCUCAGAUGAUGAGGAGCAGCAGAUGGAGCUUGAUGAAGAAAUGGAGAAUGAAAUUUGCAGAGUGUGGGAUAUGUCAAUGGAUGAGGAUGUGGCUUUGUUUCUCCAAGAAUUUAAUGCUCCUGACAUAUUUAUGGGAGUAUUGGCCAAAUCCAAAUGUCCUCGAUUAAGGGAAAUCUGUGUGGGAAUUUUAGGUAAUAUGGCCUGUUUCCAGGAGAUAUGUGUGUCCAUCAGCAGUGAUAAAAAUCUUGGCCAGGUAUUAUUGUACUGUUUGUGUGAUUCAGACCCUCCUACUCUGCUGGAAACAAGCAGGUUGUUACUUACUUGCCUUUCCCAGACAGAAGUGGCCAUUGUCUGGGUUGAAAGAAUCCGAGAACAUCCAGCUAUUUAUGAUAGCAUAUGCUUCAUCAUGUCAAGUUCAACAAAUGUUGACUUGCUGGUGAAGGUCGGGGAGGUUGUGGAUAAGCUCUUUGAUUUGGAUGAGAAGCUAAUGUUGGAAUGGAUUAGAAAUGGGGCUGUUCAGCCUCUGGACCAACCCCAGGAAGAUUCUGAACAGCAGCCAGUGUUUCGAAUUGUGCCCUGUGUACUUGAAGCUGCCAAACAAGUACGUUCUGAAAAUCCAGAAGGGCUCGAUGUUUACAUGCAUAUCUUACAGCUGCUGACUACAGUGGAUGAUGGAAUUCAAGCAAUUGUACAGUGUCCUGAUACUGGAAAAGACACUUGGAAUUUACUUUUUGACCUGGUGUGCCAUGAAUUCUGCCAGUCUGAUGAUCCACCCAUCAUACUUCAAGAACAGAAAACAGUGUUAGCCUCUGUUUUUUCAGUGUUGUCCGCCAUCUAUGCCUCACAGGCUGAACAGGAGUAUCUAAAGAUAGGAAAAGUAGAUCUUCCUCUGAUUGACAGCCUGAUUCGUGUCUUACAAAAUAUGAAACAUUGUCAAAAGAAACCAGAGAACUCAGCAGAGUCUAACACAGAAGAAACUAAAAAGUCUGAUUUAACCCAGGAUGACUUCCACUUGAAAAUCUUGAAGGAUGUUUCAUGUGAAUUUCUUUCCAAUAUUUUCCGAGUUUUAACAAAGGAGACUGUAGCUCAGGGACUAAAGGAGGGGCAGUUAAGCAAACAGAAGUGUUCCUGUGCAUUUGAAAACCUUCUUCCUCUCUAUAACCCUGUGGUAGAAGACUUCCUCAAAAUCCUACGUGAAGUUGAUAAGACCCUUGCUGGUAACCUGGAGGAAAGCUUCCCAAGUUUGAAGAUAGGGAAAUGAAGAUUCAGAGUGACUAAGUAACUUGGCCAAAGUUAUAUAGACAGUAAGUAGUUGACCCAGGGUUUGAAUCCAGGCUGCCUGACCCUAAAGCAUUUUCUUUUAACCACUGUAUUAUACUUGCAUCCUGUAGGUAGACACGGACCAGAUCAUGAAGGGUCAUCAUAUGUAUCCUGUGGGGUAGACAUCUGGGAUAUCUGCUUAUCCAUGCCCCCUUCUCUGAAAAUUGUCUCUGACCUACCUACAUUUUUUCGUCCAGUUACAGCGUAUGGUUGAUUCCUGAUCCAAGCUGGGCAAAUCACACUGGUUCAGGAACACUGGACUCUAAAGAUCAUGUGACUUGCAAGGCUGAAGACCCUAUUUCGGGGCAGCCAGUCCUGUUUAUUGUCUCCUGUGUACCAAGUAUUGUUCUAAAUACUAAGAAGACAGCAGCCAACUAAACAGACAGGAUUUGCAUACUGGAAAUAUUGUAGUGGACAAAGACAAGAAUCUUGCCAAAUGGAGCUUGCAUUCUAGAGUUUUCUGCAGAGUAACAGGGGAAGAAGCUGGUCUGCAUAGAACAGAGGAGGUCAUGCAGCUUAUACAGAUUAGCUCAUUGUUCUCAGUUCUUCACCUCUGUGUAUCCAUUCUCUUGCCAUGGCUUCUUGGUGAAUGGAGUAUACUUCCCUGUCUUUUGAUUUUGAGCUUGGCAAAGUCAUUUUGCUUUGGCUAAUGGAAUGUUAAUGAAGUUGAUGUAAGCAGUGUCUCAGUAUGCCAGUCUUUUUAGAGGCUGAAUAGUAUUCCACUGUAUGUAUAUAUGCUACAUUUUCUUCAUCUGUCAGUGGGCAUUUAGGUUGCCUCCGUGUCUUGGCUUUGUGAAGAAUGCUGCAAUUAACAUGAGAGUGAAGAUACCUCUUUGAGGUCCUGAUUUCAGUUCCUUUGGUUAGAUACCCAGAAGUGAGAUUGCUGAAGCAUAAGUAACUUAGCUAAGAGAAUAGUUAAUUCAUACCCCACCCCCCAACUCUUCUCCUAAAAUAAUGAUUUUUUUCCAUCUUUGUCAGGAUAAGACUGAUCUGGAGCACAGUAACCCUGAUUGACUUGUCCCAAUAUUAUUGAGAUGUCACUUUCUGUUUGCAAACAGUGUAAGCUCUCCAUUUGUGCAGCAUUCUGUCUAGGUAUGACUAGGUUUUAGUUUUAAUUUUUUGAGGAACCUCCAUACUGUUUUCCACAGUGGCUGCACCAAUUUACGUUCUCACCAACAGUGUACAGGGGUUCCUUUUUCUCCACAGCCUCACUAACCCUUAUCUUUUCUUACUAACACUUGUAUAUGUAUAAUAGCCACCCUAACUAGUGUGAAGUGAUAUCUCAUUUUGGUUUUGAUUUGCAUUUCCCUGAUGAUUAAUGAUGUUGAGUACCUUUUCAUAUUCCUGUCGGCCAUUUGUACGUCUUCUUUGGAGAAAUGUCUAUUCAAUUCCUUUGUCAAAUUUUUAAUCAGGUUAUUUGUGGGGGUUUUUUGCUAGUGAGUUGCAGGAUUUCCCUAUUUGAAUAUUAAUUCUUUCUCAGAUAUAUGGUUGGGAAAUAUUUUUUUCCCAUUCUGUAGGUUGCCUUUUCAUUUUGUUGAUUGUUUCCUUUGCUGUGCAGAAGAUUUUUAGUUUGACGUAGUCCCACUUGACCAUUUUUGCCUGUGCUCUUGGUGUCAUAUCUAAGAAAUGAUUGCUAAGACCACUGUCAGGAAGCUUUCCUCCAUGUUUUCUUCUCAGAGUUUUUACAGUCUAGGUUUUACAUUUCUGUUCUUAUCCAUUUUGAGUUAAUUUUUGUGUAUGAUGUAAGAGAAAGGUUCAUUUUCAUUCUUAUACACACGGAUAUCCAGUUUUCCCCAAUACCACUUACUGAAGAGACUAUCCUUCCCCCACGGUAUAUUCUUGACACCUUUGUCAAAGACUGGUUGUAUGUGUUUGGGUUUAUUUCUGGGCUCUCUAUUUCUGUUCCAUUGGUCUAUAUGUCUGUUUUUAAAACAAUCUCACUUAUAAUACCAUCAAAAAGAAUAAAAUACUUAGGAAUAAGCUUAACUAAGGAGGUGGAAGACUUGUACACUAAAAACUUAUAAAACAGUGACAAAAGAAAUUAAGGCAGACACAAAUGGAAAGACAUCCAUGAUCAUGAAUUGUAAGAAUAAUAUUGUUAAAUUGGCCAUACUACCCAAAGUAAUCUACAGAUUCAGUGCAAUCCCUAUCAAAAUCCCAAAGAUCUUUUUUUACAGAAAUAGAAAAAAAAAUCCUAAAAUUUGUAUGGAACCAUAAAAGACUCCAGCCAAAGCAAUUUUGAGCAAAAAGAACAAAGCUGGAGGCAUCGCACUUAUGAUUUCAAAAUAUAUUGCAAUGCUUUUUAGGUUUUCUUGAAUGAGGUCUGAAAAGUCUCAAAAAUCUGAAAAUUCUACAACCACAUUUAUUUUUCACCAGAGAUAAAUUAAGUGAAAUACACCAUAUUUGAUACUUCAUUGCAAAUGUGAUUUGUACCAGAACAUCAAGUACAAAUCAUAUCAACAUCUCUAGCUGCAGUCUUACUGUAUGCCUCUUGCUGCCUCUAAAUACCUUUUCUGUGCAAUGGUUUUAGAUUAACUUUUAAACACCAGCUUCCUCUGUUCCACUGCUAAGGCUACAGCAUAUAUUUAUAAAAACAUUUCUGCUCACUAGGACGCCUAGUUAAUUACAUACUGAGCUUGUAUCAAUACUGGGCUUGUUGACCUGCAGGCUGUUUAGAAGUUGGAGCCGUAGGAGACCAUCUGCCAAUCUCUGCCAUUGGAAGUGCUUUUCUCUAUUACUGUAAUGAAAUCACUAAAAUCAUUUCCUGUUUCCAGUCCUUGUUCAGAUCUUCUAUCUAUUGUCAAUAAGAGGAUAUUAAAAUACUCAGGAAAGUCCACAUGUCCUUUUCAUCCUAGUCCACAAUGUAGCAAGUGUCUUUGUGUUUUAGUAUUGGAAAUAAUAAAUAAUGACGUCAAGUCUAUUGUAAUAAAAGAAAGCCUUAUUAAACUCUAGCUGCUUUUCCUUUGACAUCACGGGAUCUGUUUAUAAUUACUUUUAUGGGUUUUCCCCUUUACCAUUCAGGGUUUAUAUGAUUACAUGAGAAACUGAAGCAUUUUGGGGAACAGUCCCUUCAUAGAACUGACAAUUUCCUGCUCAGGCCCAUUGUGCAUGCAAACUCCAACAACGAGAUAGUGAGAAGAAAGGACAAGGAGGCUUUCUGUACUCUGGAGGAGUUUGACUUACUGAAGUAUGGGUUUGCUUCCGCGAAGGAGUGUAUGUUGAAAGCAAGGUGUGUGGGUUGGUGGGGAACUUAUAUUUAUCAUAGUCCACAGUUCAAGAGAGUGCAUAUAGAAGUCACUCAUUCGAUGUAGGAUCAUGUAAUUUUGUUUUGAAUGGCUCCUACUGACCCCAUACCAUUUGAGGAAUUUGGCAUCUUUGGAAAUUAACUCUCCUUUGGGAAGGCUGGUGGCAUUUGUAAACCUAUGAGUGUGCUUUUUUCACAAUGCAACUGGUGUUACCCAGGAACAAGCAGUCACGUGGCCAGUCAGCAAGCACUUCUACUGGAGCAAACUUAUGUCCUGUAACUUCUCCAUCACAGAGAAGCCUGUAUUCUGUCACCACUGGUAGGAAAAAAAAAAAUCUUCUGAUGUUGUGGACCCUGGAACAAAGUCCCCAAAUUGAAUUUUCUAAUUUCUUUUUACGUUUGGACAAAGCAGGUACCUGUCCUGUGUGUCCUAAGUAACUUAUAGAAGUUACUUUAAUUUUUAUGAUUAUAGUAUUCAAUAUUUAAAGCAGCUUGGAGACUUCCUGCUCCAAAUGCACCCCUUUGCUUGUUGCCCACGUCAAGUGAUAUCUGAAUGGUCUUUAAAAAUCCAAAUUUCACAUUUUUGGAUGAGUCUUGAGUGAUCUGAAAAUCUUAGUAGACUUUUCUCUUUCUUUUCUAUUUGGACAUGUUUUAAUGUGGUUUGGCAAUUUCUUUAGGGCAAUUGCUAGAAAACACACAGUUUUCCAGAACAACUCACAAAGCACUCAAGGAUUAUUUUAUCUUUUUAGGAAGUUGCCACAGGUUGUGCCCUGAGCACUUACAGCCCAAAGGAAACCAGGAGGAUCAUGCUGCAGAAGCCCUUUGGAGGAACGUGCCAGCUGCUCCGUAACCAUGAGUUGGCUCUCCUUUGAUGGAGAGAUUAAUAGUUUCCAUAAUCAUAUCAUCCUGGUUGCUCUGUGCCCAGAGUUUACUCAGACUUGAAAGAAAUGGAAAUUAAUUGAAAAGGAAAAAAAAAAUUCUUCCUCUCUUGCCUCCCCUCCAAACCUCUCAUCUGGAAAAGUGAUGAGAAAGAGAUUCAAGGGUUUGUAGCCAGUGGGAGCUGAGAUAUUUAUUUUCUUUUGCAAUUCUGGAUAUAAAGGACCAGAAGAAAGCAAUUGGACGGUGGGGAGGAGGCAGGUAUGGGAAGAGAGUCUAAUGUUUAAAGGCCUAAAUAAUUCCAAACAGAGCAGAAACACUGGGCAUUGGAAGCAGGAUACACACAGAGGGUUGUCUGUGAAGCCAUGAGCAUCUGCUCCUGGAAAUAAAUUCAGAGGGAGCAGAAAGGGUUUUUUUUAGCUGCUGUGAUUGUCAUCAGAUGAAUUGGGUUGGUCUAGUGGUUUUUAAAAAAUUUUUAUUAAUUUUAUUUUUUGCUGUGUUGGGUCUUUGUUGCUGUGUGCGGGCUUUUCUCUGGUUGCGGCGAGUGGGGGCUACUCAUUGCGGUGGCUUCUCUUGUUGCAGAGCACGGGCUCUAGGCGUCCGGCCUCUGUAGUUGUGGCACGUGGGCUCAGUAGUUGUGGCUCACAGGCUCUAGAGCGCAGGCUCAGUAGUUUUGGCGCACGGGCUUAGUUGCUCCGCGGCAUGUGGGAUCUUCCCAGACCAGGGCUCGAACCCAUGUCCCCUGCAUUGGCAGGCGGAUUCUUAACCACUGCGCCACCAGGGAAGCCCUGGUCCAGUGCUUUUUGUCUGUCUACUUCUACCACAGAGGAGCUGCCAUGAGUUUAUUUGCCACAUCCUGAGUUUGGGAAAUACUUAUCUUUGGUUAAAAUCUAUUUCUUUUCUGGCUGUGAAAUUUGAGCUCAAUUCUUUUUAGCCUGUACCAUCACUCUGGACCAGUUCUCUCACCCUACAUGCUCAUGUUGAUUUCUGUUAACAUUGCUGUUGAGCCUUGAAGUAUUUUAGUGGUAGAGGAUUUUGUCUUCUGUGAGAGAAAAUGGAUGUUCAUAAAACACAGGUCUCUUGUCACAUCUUUAAUCAGGGAUAGACGUCCAGUAUAUGAACAUUAAGUGCUUUGUUGGAGUUUACUGAACCAGUAAGAGAGAAACUGGAUUGUGGAUGAACACUUCUCAUUCAUUCGUGCCCUGUUAUGUUGUAAUGUGUUGAACUUGCCAUGUGUUAAGUAAGCACUGUGCUCAGUGGGACUAAAAAGUUGACAAUUCAAGACAGGAGGAAAACAGAGCUAGUUAACAGACGUUUAUUCCAUUAGUUUCCAAAAGUCAGAGUCCAUGUCACUUCUCCUGAAAUGAUAUACUUUCACUUCUCCAAGUUACAUGCUAGUCAGAGAUUUGGGACUGUCUUGAGACUUACAUAACUAUAAGAGGUGUAUAGGUCCCUUUGUGGGUAGAUAUCUCCUUGCAGUUAAAUGCAGGCCCAACAGCAAGCUCCCUUUCACUGUUGCCCAUCCUCCAUGACAAUUAAGGACAUCAGAUAAAUGCUUGCCCCCGCUCUUCUUAUGGGAUCUUGUAAGGAAAGCACCUCCAGCCGAGGGCUUGGCUACAUCCCACCUGCAGAGGGAGGCUCUGAGAGCAAGUGGAGAUGCCAACAGGCCUGCUGUAGCAGAACAUGGUGAUGUCACAGCAGAGGCUGGAGGGAGGGGAGGCCCUGGUACAGGAGGCUGGAGGACUGAUGUGUAUGUCGGAGACUCAAGAAGGGUUUGUUGCCAUUGGGAGCUGAGAUGAGGCCUAGUCACUCAGGGAGCACUAUGGAGCCUGACCCAAGCCCAAAGAGACAAAAUCCUGAAUUUACAGAAGCUGUAGGACACAACCUCAAAUGAUGGUGAAGCACAAGCACUCCGGAAGCUAAGAGGUCAGAGUUGGAAAGAACAUAAUCUUCACAUCCACCAUGAGGUCUCAGCUACACCCCUCCUCUCCACACCUGGACAGCAUCUUAGGAGGCAGCUUGUGAGACACCCAGCCUUUAAAAUUUUUUUUUUUAGUGAAAGAUUGCACAGUCUUGAAGGGCCUAUUUAAAUUAUUGGACCAGAGUGAAUUUAAACGGAAUUGGAUCUUUGGUUUUUUAAUUUUCCUGCUAAUAACAGAUGGGGAUCCAGAGAAAUAUCAGAUUUGUUAUGGUAACAAAAUGAAGUUGUUACUUUUUCUCUCCACAUCUGAGUAACAAUGUGAGUUGAAUUUUUU